GUCCAUCCAGACCACUACGAGCUCCCUUUCCCAUACUGCUCCGGAGUCCCCCGAGUCACCAAAUGUGUAUGCUUGGUACAUGCAAAAAGGUGCUGAAGCAGUGCAUGCUGCAAAUCCAAAUGUUCUCGUCAUACUAUCUGGACUGAAUUACGAUAAAGAUCUCUCUUUUACGCUCAACAGGCCCCUACAACUAACCUUCACUAACAAGCUAGUUUUUGAGGUGCAUUGGUACGGUUUCUCCGAUGGAAAGGCAUGGGAAACAUCCAAUCCAAACCAAGUUUGUGGGCAAGUUUUGGGUAACCUAAUGAGGAAUGCAGGUUUUGUAUUGGACAAAGGAUACCCUUUGUUUGUGAGUGAGUUUGGAAUGGAUAUGAGGGGCACUAAUGUCAAUGACAAUAGGUAUUUCAAUUGCUUCAUGGGAUGGGCAGCUGAAUAUGACUUAGAUUGGGCAUUGUGGACACUUGUUGGGAGUUAUUAUUUGAGAGAAGGGGUUGUCGGAAUGAACGAAUAUUAUGGGGUUUUAGAUUGGAAUUGGUGUGAUAUUAGAAACUCGAGCUUCCUGCAAAGAAUUUCCUCUCUGCAAUCUCCUUUUCGAGGGCCAGGUUACAACGAAAUUCAUCCCCAUAAAGUAAUUUUCCAUCCAAUGACUGGUCUCUGUAUUAAAAGGAAAUCAAUUUAUGAACACUUGGUUUUAGGUCCAUGCUCUGAGGCUGAAGCAUGGACAUAUACGCCCCAGAAAACACUAACAGUUAUGGGCACAUAUUUCUGUCUGCAAGCAGAUGGAUUGGCGCUACCAGCAAAACUUGGUGUAAUCUGCAGUUACGCCAGUUCAAAAUGGGAAACUAUCUCAGAUUCUAAAAUGCACCUCUCUUCUAAACUAGCAGAUGGCAGUGGUGUCUGUUUGGACAUUAACUCAAACAAUGUUGUUGUUACGAAUGCUUGUAAAUGUUUGAAUAGAAACAGUACCUGCGACCCGGGAAGCCAGUGGUUCAAGAUCAUUGACAGCACAAGAUGUAUAUCUUCUACAAAAUCCUUUCUCGGGAUCAACUCAAUCUUCAGUUUCGGGGUAAAGAGUCUGUUAGCAAGCUUUAGCUAGUAGCAUGAUACAUAGAAGAUUCAUGAAACAUAUAAAUAUGCUGUGCAUGUAUCCAACAUGACACAGGAAUUAAAUCAAUCAUCUGCAAAAAAUACUAAGGGCAUGUUUGGUACACAUUACUCGACCUGACAAGAUAAUACAAUUGACAAAAUUUGAGCUUC